UUGACAUUGACUGUUUGUCAAUUGUCAAAUCCCUGUCAAGUGACCCUCGGUGUUUGUAUUGUUAUUUAAUCAGUAAUUAUUGUAUUAAAAUCUUAAUUUAAUUACUCCACAUUUGUUUAACAAUGUCUUUAAAUUUCUUGCUAAGUGCAGGCAAAGUAAAUUCCGUUUUUAAAGAAUUCGUUCGAAAUGCUAGUAAAAAGACUGGUGGUAGUACAUCCAAUACAAAUUGUAAGGUAAAGCCAAAGCGCAGAGGAUGGAAGGUACAAGACGGGCAUUUUGUUCAGGCUGGUCAUAUGUUGGCCACCCAAAGAACUACUAGGUUUCAUCCAGGACUGAAUGUUGGCUUUGGCAGAAAUGGUACACUAUUUGCAAUGGAAGCUGGCAAAGUGGUGGUCACCUGUGAAAAAUUUGACCCCAACUGGGAACACACUUGGGUGAAGAGAAUGUAUGGAGGCCGGGAACAACAAGUCAUUAUGAAGAAAUACUUCAAUGUUAUACCCCAACCUCAACAUCAGAGAUUUAAACUAGUUGAUGAAGUGUAAAAUGUUUUGUAAUGUUAUUUAGUUGUUAGGUAAUAUAAUUUUAGUUCAUUGUUUGAGUGUUUUUUUUAUGAGCACACAAAAAAGUUGACUAUAAUAAAAAUGUGAUCAGUAA